GUGGCGGUGGGAUGCAGAGAGCAUCUCCCGGUGCCACGGCUGCCCUCCCUUGCUGCAGGCAGGCAGCUGCGUGCAGGGACCCCCCGCUUUUGUGGCUGCACUAGGAAAGGCUCAGGGCUGCCUGGGCGUGUUAAUCCCCAGCAAAGUAGCCAGCCCCUUCAAUGCUUGGGGUUACUAACCCAGCACCGAGCUGAUUUUGCUCCUGGGCACCAGAGAAAUGCACGAGCAAAUGUGCUUCUCUCACCCAGUGCAAAGCUGGCUGGACGCCUUAUUACUGUAAUUGCCAAAUCCAUCAGUCACUGUGGGCUGCCUCCAAGACUUCGUCCUGCUCCAGCCUCUGCUCCGGAGGGGCAGCCAGCCUGCUCUGACAAUGCUCGCAGAGAAUUGUUUGGGAUUUGUUUAUUCUGCACUCUGUCUCUGGGCAUCCUUGUUCCUGUCUUUCUUUAAAGUCUCUCAGCAGGGUGAAAGUCAGAGACGCUUGUACAGAGAGCUGCUGAGAAACUACAAUCGCCUUGAACGACCUGUGGUGAACGACUCCCAACCUCUUGUAGUUGAACUUCAGCUCUCCUUGCUGCAGAUAAUUGACGUGGAUGAGAAGAAUCAGGUGUUGAUCACAAACGCUUGGCUGCAGAUGUACUGGGUUGAUGUUUACCUGUCUUGGGACCAGUAUGAAUACCCAGGGGUGCAGAACUUGCGAUUUCCAGCUGAUCAGAUUUGGGUGCCAGAUAUUCUUCUGUAUAACAGUGCAGAUGAAAGAUUUGAUGCAACAUUUCACACAAAUGUGCUGGUGAAUUACUCUGGAUCCUGUCAAUACAUUCCUCCAGGCAUUUUGAAGAGCACAUGUUACAUUGACGUCCGCUGGUUCCCUUUUGAUGUGCAGAAGUGUGAUUUGAAGUUCGGCUCCUGGACCCACAGUGGCUGGUUACUCGAUCUGCAGAUGCUUGAGGCUGAUAUUUCUAACUACAUCUCAAAUGGAGAAUGGGAUUUAGUGGGUGUCCCAGGAAAGAGGAACGAGAUGUAUUAUGAAUGCUGUAAAGAACCAUACCCAGAUGUGACAUACACUGUCACCAUGCGCCGACGCACACUCUACUAUGGCUUGAACCUGCUGAUUCCCUGCGUUCUCAUAUCUGCCUUGGCAUUGCUUGUUUUCCUCUUGCCGGCUGAUUCUGGAGAGAAGAUUUCUUUAGGUAUCACUGUCCUGCUGUCCCUGACUGUAUUCAUGCUGCUCGUGGCUGAGAUCAUGCCUGCAACUUCUGACUCGGUCCCACUGAUAGCUCAAUAUUUUGCAAGCAUCAUGGUCAUCGUUGGUCUGUCUGUGGUGGUAACAGUGCUGGUUUUACAGUUUCACCAUCAUGACCCUCAAGCAGGAAAGAUGCCCAGAUGGGUCCGUGUCAUCCUGCUGAACUGGUGCGCUUGGUUUCUGCGAAUGAAAAAACCUGGGGAAAACAUAAAGCCCCUCUCUUGCAAAUACAGCUAUCCCAAGCACCCUCCGAGCGUCAACAGCGCUGAGAUGAACAUCCUGCCUGGUCACCAGUCCAGCAAUGGCAAUGUGGUCUACAGCUACCAUGCCAUGGAGAGCCCGUGCUGCCCCCAGAGCAACGAUCUGGGCAGCAAGAGCGGAAAGGUUGCUUGCCCCUUGCCGGAGGAUAUUGAGCUCACUCAAAAGAAAGCUUUCAUGGAUACCCUCCCGGUGAUCGUGAAGAUCCUGGAGGAGGUUCAGUUCAUCGCAACGCGCUUCAGGAAACAAGAUGAGGGUGAGGAAAUCUGCAGCGAGUGGAAGUUUGCAGCCGCUGUUAUAGACAGAUUAUGCCUGGUUGCAUUUACCCUUUUCGCCAUCAUCUGCACAUUUACAAUACUCAUGUCUGCUCCAAAUUUCAUAGAGGCUGUUUCAAAGGAUUUUGCAUGAAGCUUUCAAAGAUGGUAACAGUAAGGAGAAAGGUCAUUUCAAAGUAAAGGUUUCUAGUAAUUUUGCUAGGUAAUUUAACUCAAAGAGAGAAGUGUACUUUUCUGUGCUAACAUACACAGAAGGAGCUGAAAUUAGUUUCAAGAGCUAAUUUAUCCCUGAUGUUAGUGAUUGUAAUUACUGAAUAGUAUACCAGUUAAGUAUACGUGUUGUUAUUUAUUUCCUAGACUACUUCUACAUGUAAUUAUGUCAUGAUCUUGUGACAAGCAGAUAGAUAAGAUAGACAAGAAUUCAAAUCUAAAAUACAUUUGUUACAAGUUAAAACUAGUAUCAAUGCAUUACAAAGCAUCUGUGAACAUUUAACUAUUUUUACAUGGCUCACUAUAAGCUCUUCAGUACUUUACUGUUUUCAACAUCUUUAUGUUUUGGGGAUUUUUUGUUUUAUGUGGCUGUGAUACUCACUUCUCAGGUUUGACAGAUGCCUAUUCACAGUCUUAUGAUGCUGUAUUGCAAUAACAAAAUAAACUCUCAUCAUGUUAGCUCUUACUAGUGCAGUGACUGGAAUGUUUUCUCAGUGAGUGUGUUAACAGAAGGUAUUUUUGCCAGAAUGUAACUUUUUCUUUUUCAUGUAAGACACAUUGGCUGUUGAGGAAUUAAAGAAAAUUCAUUCUCCAAGAUGGCAAUCAUACAUACUGUUAACAGCACCCCCUUAGCUCUCCUGCUGCAUCACCAUUGCUGUCAUGUUGUAGCUCUGCUUAAUCUGAAACAUCUCUAAUCUCUUGGAUCACACCUGCCAACCAAAUAAUGAUGCAUUCUGUGUAAUUAGGGCAAAAAUCUUGAUUCCAUGUAGUCUGUAGAAAUUUUGUCACUGAUUUCACUGGGGACAGAUUUCACAUUUAGAGUCCACAGCCUAUACUACAGCACUGAAGUAGGAUCUUUUUUGCUAAAUUCUGUUAGCGCAGUCCACUUUCAAACUUGGUGAAUGUGGCUUGGUUGAAAGAGUUGUGUAUAAGAAUAUUUUUGUUUUGCUAAAUUUUAAUGUAGCAAUAUUAGUCUCCAUUUGUACCAUUUUGCUGUCCACAAAUACGGUAAUGUAAUGGCUAUAUAUUAAUAAACAAUAAUCCUAUUA